AUGUCGUUCACAUUCAAAUGGCCUCGAUUCUCCGACCAAUUUCACUACGACGCUAUCCAACUCCUCAAUAAUGCGCUCAACAAGGGCGACAAGCCGCCUGUCAUUGCGGACAAGAUCGAAGUCGUCGAGCUUGAGAUGGGGACGCAGCCCCCCGAGCUAGAAGUCAAGGAUAUAGGCGAGCUGACGACGGACCAGUUUCGUGGGAUCUUUCGCCUCACAUACGCGGGGGAUGCGCACAUCGUGCUCAAGACGAAAGUUCAGGCGAAUCCCCUCAACCACAAGCAGCCAGACAUUCAUAUGCUCUCUGGCUCGCGCGGCAUGCUCGCUGCAAAGCACCCACUUGUCGUCCCCAUGCACCUCCGCCUCUCGCACUUCAAGCUUAAUUCAUACGUUGUUCUCGUCGUCUCCAAGCAGAAGGGCAUCACUCUCGUCUUCAAGACGGAUCCGCUGCAGAACGUCGAUAUCAACAGUACCUUCGAUUCGAUCGCCGUAAUCCAGAAAUUUAUUCAGAAGGAAAUCGAGGGGCAGCUAAGGCAGAUGUUCCGCGAGGACUUGCCCGGUAUCAUACACAGGCUCAGCCAGCAGUGGGUGAAGGCGAAGGUGGAGGCGCCGUAUCAGCGUCGCUCGCCGCCCGGUCCUACCCCUGGCCCCUCGUCGCUCCCCGCUUCUCCGCGCGUGCCGCCAUCCCGCCCGAGCAUCUGUUCCUUCCUAUAG